AUGGACCCUACCGAAGCAGAGCUCGAGUCUUUCAGACAACAGUGGCGGAAAGAAGUGACCGCCAGAACAAGGCCGCAAGUCCCGGCGCCAGCUGAGCUAGAGGCAUCGUCAAACGUAGCAAACAGCCAGAAGAAGAGCAAGGCGCCAGCAGCCCGAGCCGCUCAGCCAGACGACGACGAGGGAUCCGACACGGAACCCGAAACACACCAUGGGCUGCAAGACAGAGAGUCAGGACGACGGGUUGGAGACGUCGGGGCUGUGCCAAGUUCAAGCAAACAGCCCGUAUCAGCCCUAGAACACUACGAGAAGGCGGUGGAGAAGGAGACACAGGGCAGCCUAGGGGACAGCGUGAGCCUGUAUCGGAAAGCGUUCAGGUUGGACGAGAAAGUACACGAGAGAUACAAAGCCAAGCAUUUUCCGCCGUCCGCCUUCCCUUCGAAGCCUACAAACGUCAACCCCUCCAACGCCCCCGUAACGGUGCCCAACCCUGCCCACCACUCAUUCCAUGGUCCCCCUUCCUCGUUGUCAGACCUGAUCGACGAGUUCGCCCACCUCUCCAUCCAGGGUCAAGGGCCUCCGACUGACCUCUCGCCUGCGCCGCCCUGCCCGAUCGCCGCGAUUCCGGAAGAAAUCCUGGUCGAGAUUCUCCUCUAUAACGCAAUAUUCGACGUCGCCUCCUUCGUGCGCCUCGCCCAGGUCUGCAAGCGCCUCGCCUACCUCGUCCUCACCGAAGACCGCAUAUGGCGGCGCAUCGCCCUGGGCCACGAGUUCGGCUUCGGGGCCAUGCACUACCGGUACGCGUGCACCAUCAGGGGCAAGCCCUUACUCGACGACGGUCUAUGCGGUCAGAUGCUGGGCACAUCCGACUCCGACCACGCCCCCCACCCCGGCACCCCCUCCGCCCUCACCGCCGCCACAGCCGCCGCCCUAAUCCCGCGCCCCUACCCGACCUACCGGGCCCUGUUCCACUCGCGCCCGCGCAUCCGCUUCAACGGCUGCUACAUCAGCACAGUGAACUACACGCGCCCGGGGGCCUCGAGCCCCACCCAGCUGACCUGGAACUCCCCCGUGCUGAUCGUGACGUACUACCGCUACCUGCGCUUCUUCCGCGACGGCACCGUCGUCUCGCUGCUCACGACCGCCGAGCCCGCCGAGGUGGUGCCGGUGCUGCGGAAGGAGAAUGUGGCACUGGUGCCGGGCCAGGUUGGGGUCGGGCCUAUGAGGGAUGCGCUGCCGGGCCGGUGGCGGCUUUCGGGCCCGGCUUCGCGUAAGCGCUUGGGGACCAGCGAGGCUGGCGAAGACGGGGACGCGGAGAAGGAUGAGGUGGAGGAGGAGGGGAUGCUGCAUGUCGAGACGGAGGGUGUGACGCCCAAGUAUCUGUAUAAGAUGCAGCUGCAGGUUGGGAGCGCUGGGAGGGGGGCAAGGAACAACAAACUCAUGUGGAAGGGGUAUUGGAGCUAUAAUCGGCUGACGGAUGAUUGGGGGGAGUUUGGGCUGAAGAAUGAUAGGGCGUUUUAUUGGAGUCGGGUUAAGAGUUAUGGGAUGGGGUUGUAG